AAUGGGCAUGAAAGAGACAGAUCGUCAAGAUUAGAGUUUCGUAAAAAUGGCAAAUGAUAUUCUCAGCAAUGGCCAUUUACGAGAAAACACUGUUGUACAACGAACAAGAAACGAUCGAGGCAAUCGAGCACCAGACAUAGCAGCAAUAGAGAGUCGCAAUUGGUUGCUACAUCGACAUUACACGAGACAUGAAUACAGCGCUUGCAAAUUACUCAUCGAGCAGGAAUUAAUGAAAUCUAAUGGUCACGAAUAUGCCAAUUAUUUAAAGGGUUUAAUUCUUCGAAAGGAGGGUAGGAUUCAAGAUUCCUUGGAUUGUUUUCAAACCGCGUAUAAUGUGAAUUCGACAAAUAUUGAUAAUGUUAAACAGAUAGCAAAAUCAUUACUGAUAAUGGGAAGUCACAAACGCGCAAUAGAUGCAUAUGCGGAAGCUGAAAAGAUAUCUGUUCUACCAGAUUGGGAAAUAUAUCAUGGCCUUGGCGAGGCUUAUGUAAAAUUAAACCAAUUACAAGAGGGUAAAAAAUAUUUCAAAAGAUCCACGGAAUUAACUAAAAGUGAAUUGCCCAAUAUUGAUCUUGCGAGACUUUAUCUCUUAGACGAUAUGAUUCCAGAAGCUAAAAACGCUUAUACGGCAGCUUUAAACGGGAAUCCCCAGAGUAUAGAUGCAGCGACAGAACUGGGUCUCUUAUAUCUUAAAAUCGGAGAUACACAACGAGCAUUUCAACAAUUUGGAGCAGCUUUGGCUCAUUCGCCUAAUUGCGUCAAGGCAAUCUUGCCUAUGGCUUAUGUAAUGCAGAGUCAUCGAGAGUAUGAUGUGGCUUUAUCGAAAUAUAAAGUUGCGGCACAGACCAUUCCAGAAUCUUCGAUCCUUUGGAACAACAUUGGAAUGUGCCUUUACGCGAAACAAAAGUAUGUUGCGGCUAUUAGCUCGUUGAAGCGAGCACAUUAUUUGAACCCGAUGUCUUGCGUUCCAUCGUGCAACCUGGGAAUCGUUUUUCUUACCACUGGACAGCCUGCAUCAGCCGCGAUUUACUUAUGUGCUGCAAUCAGUGCUGAACCGAAGAAUCCUAUGCCAUAUCUGUUAUUAGGUUUGGCUCUAAAACGUUUGGAUGAUCUGGAAGGUGCCGAAAGAUCAUUGACGAAAGCACACGCAUUAGCUCCUCAGGAUCCAUUAAUUUUGAUCAAUUAUGCUGUGGUACUUGAUGCUCGCGGGAAACAAGCUGAUGCCGCUGAAAUUUUAACAGCGCUCAAUGACAUUAUGGCUGUCGUUGAAGUCGAUGUGCAGAUAUCGCAAAUGGCAAACAAAUUAUUAAAGAAAUUACAACGCGAAAAAACGGAAUCGACUAUCGGUCAAGAAGUAUCAACGGAAAAAUAUGAAAAGCGACAAUUGAGUCCUGACGAAGUUUAAAAAUCAUGUCAUUUGUCAUGCGAUAAUAUUAAAGUGUUCGUGUUAUUUUCAAAGAUUUUAUUAGAAAAAAGAAUCAAA